GUAACGUUCAUGUGUGUGUGACAAAAAUGGUGUCCUUUUACCAGCUGUCGUUCAUUUUGUAUUGAUAAAAAUCAACAUUAUUGUUGACUAAUUAUUUCUUAUUGUACGCUAUGGCGUCUGUACUCGAUUUAGUAAAACAUUAUCAACAUGCCAUAGAAAAAUAUCCAAACGAUGAGCAGAAAGUUCUGAAGUCCAUCGACAAAUUGUUCGGGCUGGGAGUGACGGUGCAGCACCUGCAGGAGACGGGCGUGGGCCGCACCGUGAACGCGCUACGCAAGGAUCCGGGCACCGUGGGACAGGCCGCGCGAGCUCUCGUCAACAAAUGGAAAUGUAUGGUCGCAUCCGAGGAAAGCGACCAGGAAGCCGAUCAAAACAAUGACACCACUAACUACAAUGGCCAUGGAAAUGGAAAAGAUUCUGAUGACAGUGCUAAUCGGUCUAGAAGUAGGCAGAAUGAUGACUCGGAAAGAUCAUAUAAAUCUGAUGGAUCGCGGAUAAAUGGAAAUACGAGUGGAACCAAAAGGAAAUAUCACAGCAGUGAGGAAGAAGACUGUAGCACUAAAAAGUCCAAACAUUCAAGCUCCAGUGAGAGUAAUAGCCAGAAAAGAUCAGUUAAAGUCAAGCAGGAACCUUCCGAAAGUGAUGAUCAUCAUGAUUCUGAAGAUUCACAGAGCUCAGACAGUGAGAGUGAGAUGUCAGAUUCAUCAGGCGAUGAUAGAAAUCAUAGGAAUACUAACCAAAAGAUAAAAAUAGAACCUUCUGAAAAUCACAGAUCUGCAUCAACAAAUCAUUCUUUGCACAACCAUAAUGUGGAACCUAAAAAAGAAACAUCCUCAUCAAAAAAGUCUUCUGAUAAUGGCAGACAUUCUAAAAGUCAUAGUUCGGACUCAAGAAAUCCAUCUAGCAAAACCUCGUCUAGUGAGAAGUCACAGAGCUCACAUAAACAUACUAAAUCCAUGGACAAGGAAAGUAGUUUAGAGAAGAAACAUAAAUCUGAUCAUGGUGUUGAAAAAGAUAAGAAAAGAGAAGACAGCAAUAUGUCUAGUAAACAUAAGACUUCCUCUGAAAAACAUAGGAGUUCUUCUGAAAAGCAUAGUCAUUCUUCUGAAAAACAAAGAAGUUCCUCUGAAAGCCACAGGUCCAGCUCACAAAAAGAUAAGUCUGAUAGAAGUAAAGAAAAACAUGACAAGAAUGAGAAGCGUGAAAGUAAAUCUGAAAGACACUCCAGCCAGUCUCAUAAAUCAGACAAAGAAAAACAUAACUCGAGCAAGAGUUCCUCUGAUAAAGAAAUGCAAAAACACAAGUCAAGAGAAAGUAGUAGUAGUUCUAAGGAAAAGCAUAGUUUGUCUAGCACUGAAAAAAGUAAAGAUAAGAGUAGUUCUUCUAAAGAAAAAUCAAGUCAUAGCCAUAAGAGUGAGAAAAAGUCAUCACAUGAGAGUAAAUCCAAGAAUGACAGCAAAGAUAAAAACAAGGUUGAUGACAGGAGUAGUGAGAAAAAGUCUAAAGAUAAUUCAAGUUCCUCUUCGUCUUACAAAAGUGAGAAGUCAAGCAGUAAAGUGGCUGUACCAAAGACAAAACCACAAAUAAACAAUAUUGUGGAUAGUGAUGAUGGUAUUGAUUGUGGAUCAGGUGCCAGUUUUGCUGAAGCCUUGGGCAUGGCUAGUCCUGUGAAGCCAAAAAAGAAAACAGUUUCUUUAAAAGAAAUGUCUUCACCCAACACAUUUAAUAAUGAUCUAAGCCCAGCGGCGUUGCUCGCGCCGAGCGCGAAGCUAGCGCCGCUGCCGGCGCUGGAGAUCUCCGCGCUGCCUGAGAUCUCGCCCAACUACCGGCCGCGCCCGCCCCCCCGCCUCAUGCCGCACUUCACCGACGAAAACGCCAUGAGCCAAGUCAUAUCUUCAAAGAACCUAAGAACUAAAGUGUACUCCGGAAACAAAGUUAUAGGAAAAAUUCCCACACUUUACGAGCUCUGCGUCCAUGUCCUCCAAGAGCACAUAGAUGCACUCGAGUUCACCGGAGGCGUGCCAUACGAGAUACUGAAGCCCAUCGUCGACAAAGCCACACCGCAGCAGCUGUUCAUGCUGGAGUACCACAACCCCUACCUCACCGAGGACACCGACCAUUUGUGGAAGGGUUUCUGCGAGAAACACUUCCGUAACAAGAAAAGACAAGAGAUGGAAGCGUGGAGAGAGAUGUACAUGAGAUGCCAAGAGGAGCAGGAAGAUAAACUCAAGUCUCUAACAGCCAAUAUCAGAAUGACUCAAGAAGCCAAGAAGGCGCCCAUCAAGCAAACCAAGAUGGCGUAUGUGGAUUCCGUAGUGAAACCGCCGCGCAACAUUGCUAGGAAACAGGCGCAGCACGGCACGGCGUUCGCGGCGUCGGCGAGCCCGGCGGCGCGCGUGGCGGCGCUGGCGGCCGCGCCCAACGUGCUGCGCGGCGGCGCGCGCGCCGGGCCCGCGCCCGUGCUGCCGGCCGGCGCCGGCGCGCAGCUCAAGCCCAAGAAGGCGCCGCUCAUGGCCAAGGCGCUGCAGCUCAUGCGCGGCCGCAAGCGAUGAGCGCACCCGGGCCCGUCCGUGCUCGACUACGCUCCCGGCCGGGGGCCGAUCGACUUUUGGCGCUUCGCCGCGGUUCGUUCUUAAAACUGUAAUUUUGUAGGGUUCGUCUUCGACAAAAUAUAGUAAAACCCGUUUAAUACUGUGACUCUCGUGAUACGCGAUUUCGACCGGUCCCCGUGCCUUGUUUUAAUAUUACGCUUUCCCGCUUAAAACAUUUCGAGUGAUCCCUCCGUAGUGACUCUUAGGCGGGUUAUACUAUGUGUGAAUUGAUGUUAUGUUUUGGAGCAUAUUAUUUAUGGACUUUCCCCGAUGCGUAUUUAACAAGAAAAGUCGACCGUUCCUAAAACAUUAUGUCUAUUUAUUAUAAUUCUCGGUAAGUUUCGGAUUUUUUCUUUCGGCAUUCAUUUGUAAAAAUCCUUUGCAUCGCUGUGAACCAAAGAUUCAUUUAUUGUAUAGCAUGUAUAAAGGUCUAAGACCAAUUCGCGCUUCGAGUGAUACUACUGAUAUAGAUGGCACUGUACAGCCGCGUACAUUAUAGUGUAACUAUGGUUUUCAUAAAUUUUAGUUACAACCGAACAUAUAGCACCGUACAAUGGCCUCAUCUUCGGCCGUCAAAGUUAGGGCACGGUUUGUUCUUAGACUUUACACAUCUUAGGGUGGUAUUUGCGUCUCACAUUUUGUUUAAUGAGAGAGUGAGACGCAAUGCACAUUUGAUAAAAUAUUGGACAGGUGGAAUACCACCCUUAUACAAGCAAUGAAACUUUGCAAUCAAUUUUCUCCUUGCUGUUAAUGAAAAUUUCUUCUUAUAUAGCAGGAUGCUAUCUUCCUUCGAAUCUAAAGCUACUCUUAAACUAGCACACGGCGACCAUCCCGAUUAAAAAAAAACGAAUAAAAGAUGUAUGAUACAUAGAUAUAUGCAAGUUUCGCUCAUUUAUAGUUGCAAUUUGGACGCUCCACCCGUUUACAGGUUGUUGUACAAGGAACACCCAAUGCGACAUAUAAUAUUUUUUGUUAUUGGCAACUCUUCGGUGACUUCACCCUUGCAGAAUAUACUGCUGAACUUAACAUAUUAUUGAUUUAAAAAAAUUAUAAAUUGAAAAGGGUAAUUGUUGGCUCCGUCAGUCUGUUUCGAGUUAGCACUAUCUUCCUUCUUGUACGCGUCGAAUUAUUGUUCCUUAGUGAAACCAAAAAUAAGCAGUGUACAGCCAGCGUCGUAUAGUAGGUAGC